AUGAAUGAUACCAAGAAAGUGUUUUUAUCGACAUUUUCAAGAACUUAACGAUCGGAGAGCUACCUUUGGAAGACAAAUGAUACCAUUUACGCGCCGAUCGAAUUACAAAAUAUAAAUACGCGUAUUUGACGACACGAACAAAAUAUCGAACUUUUAUCGAAAAAAACCGACGACGUUUACGGUUUAGUUCGUGCACGACACGACGUACGACACGAGUGAGAAAGCGAGAGGGGUUGGGGAAAAGAAAGAAAGAAAGAAAGAAAGAAAGAAAGAAAGAAAGACGGACGGACGGACGGACGGAUCGUUUCGUACAUUUCUCCGUUAAAUUAUUUAUCUUACUUUUUUCAUUCCGCCUCUUACUUUUUACAAAUUUGUGGGAAUAUAAUUUGAAAUAUGCGAGACGCGUCUACGUCUAUUACUCUUGGUAAUGUACGUCUAGAAAUCUAUGCUUGCAAGGAUUAUCUAGGGAUUUUUUUCGACAAUCGUGCGAACAUGCGCCAUAGUACGUGCGAUUUGGGAACUUGUACGACGACAGCGAGUUCUCCCGUAUCUACUUUGCACCGGCGUGAAUUUCCACACGUAUAACGUUUAUCUCGACUUACGAUGUCCAGAGUGGUGGAAGAAGGUGAAUUUUAAAUCUUUAUUCGUAAAAAUAAAGAACGUCGUUCGUUCGUUUGUCAAUCGUCGGUUGUUUUCUCAUAUGCCUUCAGUCGAAGAAGUGGAUCAAUUGGACAGCGGUAUGGGUAGUAGCGACGCACAUUCUCCCGAGGUGAAAUCGCUUCUCCCUGAUGACGAGGACGACGAAGAGGAUGAAAGUCUGGCAGAAAGAUUAUUGGGUCUCACGGAAAUGUUCCCGGAAGAAGUACGUAAUUUGGGAUACAAUGUCGGUACUUGUUUGUGCAAUUGUAUGAAAGAACGAGUACAAAUGGAAGAGGCACAACGCACGCAACAGAAACAAGUUUUGUUGGGACCUAGCAAAGCCAUGUCGAACGUAAACGCUUCGAGUCUUCCAAUGGCUCCGCCAGUUCAGCAAUAA